AUGCCACAAAGUCUGGCUGAUGCUUCCUCUCCACUUCAGACUUACGCCCGCACUUGCUCUUCUUGUCGACAGCGAAAGAUAAAAUGUGACCGACAACGGCCUUGUAUCAAUUGCAGUCGCUCGGGCGUGGAAUGCAUCUAUCCCCCCGGACGCGGCAGGGCUCCUAAGCGGCCCCGCAAUGCUGUGAACGCGCAGUUGUCACACCGAUUAACUAGGCUCGAGUCUAUCAUAAGGAGUUUUGAGUACCAUGCGAAUCAGGGAAGCUCAACUCCUCAUUCUGCAGCGCCAGUCACGCUAUCGUCCUCAGCAGACAGCAGAGUGUCAGAAACUUCCCGUACUCAAUCUGUCUCCCGCACGGGCAAUUCAGACUCGGAGAAUUCAGUCGAGCAGCAUCUAGGCCGCCUAUUGAUAGACGAAACACGGAGCUAUUAUGUCAGUAAUGUGCUCUGGGCGAAUCUGGGCGAUGAGAUUGCAGAACUGCGGGAUCUACUACAUGAGCCCUUGGAAGAAGAAGACUCUGCCUUUUCGGAGGAGUCCGUUUCAGAGCGACCUUUGCCCACAGGCUCCAAUGCUUCAAUAUUGGGAUUCCGGGCUCUUGCUCAUUCGCUUCAUCCCUAUCAUCCACCCUUGACUGAGUCGGUAACCCUUUUCGGGGUAUUUCAGGAGAACGUUUCCCCGAUGGUGCGUAUAUUCCACAUGCCCACGUUAGUUCGCAACUAUUGGGAUGCGGUUGCGUCUCUCGAAUCGCUCGAUAAAGAUACUGAAGCACUCUUAUUCGCCAUAUAUUACUCUGCAGUAAUAAGCAUGGAGCCCGAGCAGUGCCUAAGAACUAUUGGCGUCUCCAAGGCACAUGCUUCAGAAACCUAUCUGUUCGCCAUAGAACAAGCCUUAGCCCGUGCUGACCUGCUAAAUACGCAAAGUGUCAUGCUAUUGCAAGCCGCAGUGCUUUUCCUUUUCGCGCUACGCAACGAAGAUGAUUCCCGGACCGUCUGGUCGCUCACAGCACUCAUCUUUCACAUCGCGCAAGCUAUGGGCCUCCACCGCGAUGGCAUCGUGUUCGGGCUCAAGCCUAUGGAGACAGAGCUACGCCGGCGGCUGUGGUGGCACAUUUGUCUUCUAGAUGCCCGCUCAUCAGAGUACCAUGGCUGCGAGCCAAUUGUGCGGGGCUCAGCCUUUGACACGAAGCUACCGCUCAAUGUUGAAGAUGCUGACCUGACUGCCGACAUGAGCGAGCUACCCGUUGAGAGGGCCGGUGUAACUGGCAUGUAUUUCUGUCUUAUCAGGUGUGAGGUUAUGCAGACCAUGUGGAAGCUUAGCUGUGUGGUUCCAGGCUUGGGAGGGCCGAGAAAUGGGACUGGCAGGCCGUCUUUGAAAGAACGUGAAGCAUUAGCAGAACCUACACGAUCGCCUUGA